GUGAAGCCUAUAAAAUACGUGACUUGAAGUGCUGAACAUUUUAAUUUGAUCAGUUCAUUCGAUCGAACAUUAUCUUCAUUUUUUUGUGGCUUCAAAGUUCAAAGAUAUCAAUAAAAAUGUCCUUACAUCUUCUUACUUUGCUAAUAUUAUUAAAAACUUGUUUUCAUGGAAAAUUACUUGCUGUUCAGGCAGUUGAUUAUGAUUUUAGUUACAUGAAAUCAGUUUACAACGCAAUUGACCUACCACUAGUAGAAGAAUAUGACUACAUCGUGAUCGGAGGUGGCACAGCUGGAUGCCCCUUGGCGGCAACUUUAUCAGAAAAGUACUCGAUCCUUGUCCUCGAAAGAGGAAACACCCCUAAAGCUCACCCCAAUGUCUUGUCAUUGUCUGGAUUUCUCAAAAAUUUCAUUGAAGAAGAUAAUGGUGAUACACCGGCGCAAAGGUUCAUUUCAGAGGAUGGUGUCGAUAAUAUAAGAGGUAGGGUUUUAGGAGGGAGUAGCAUGGUUAAUGGUGGUUUUUUCUCAGAAGCUGAUGAUGAUUUCUUUGCCAAGUCCGGUGUGGAAUGGGACAUGAAUGAGGUUGAGAAGGCUUACAAGUGGGUGAAAAACAAGAUAGUGUCAUAUUCCAAUUUGUCAAUUUGGCAAUCUGUGGUGAAACAAGCUUUGUUAGAAGUUGGUAUUGGUCCUGACAACAAAGUCACUACAAAACAUAAGAUUGGAACUAAACAAUCUGGCUCUAUUUUCGAUGACAUGGGGCGAAGACAUGGCGCUGUGGAAUUGCUCAAUAAGGGAAACCUAAAAAAUUUGCGAAUUGCAUUCCAUGCCUAUGUGAAUAGAAUUAUCUUUUCCACCAAAUCUUCAAAUCAUCACCCUACCGCUAUUGGAGUUAUAUACACUGAUUCAAAAGGAAGGUCUCACAAAGCAUUAGUACACAAAAAAGGAGAAGUAAUACUAAGUGCAGGUGCACUUGGGAGCCCUCAACUUUUGCUACUAAGUGGAAUUGGUCCAAAAUCAUACCUCUCAUCACAACAUAUUCCCAUAGUCCUCUCCCAACCCAAUGUUGGAAAAUUCAUGGCUGAUAAUCCUCGUAACAACCUUAACCUCAUAACACCAUUCCCAUUAGAAUCAUCAAUUCUACAAGUUGUUGGGAUUACUAAAGAAUAUUACAUAGAAACUCUCUCUUAUAACUUGCCAUUCUCUCCCACAACAUUACCUUCAAGCUUUUUCCCUCACAACUACUCUUUAGCUAUUCCACCGCUACAAUUGAGUGUAGCGAAUAUCGUUGGAAAAGUCGCGGGACCCUUAUCAAAGGGUUCCCUUUGGUUGGCUUCCAACACUGACGUGAAAGCCACACCACAUGUUCGGUUCAACUACUUCUCUAACCCUAUUGAUCUCGAACGUUGUGUUAGCAUGAUGGGAAAAUUUAGAGAUUUGCUUAAAACUAAGUCAUUGGAUCGAAUGAAAUACAAUGAUUUGAAGGGCAAUAGAGAUUUCUUGUUCUAUGGACCUUCUUUGCCAACCAACCAAACAGCUAUUUCGAUUAUAAAAGAUUAUUGUCGAAGUUCAGUUACAACUUUUUGGCAUUAUCAUGGCGGAUGCCAAGUUGGGAAGGUUGUGGAUGGUGAUUUUAAGGUUAUUGGAAUUGAUUCACUUCGAGUUGUUGAUGGAUCAACUUUCAUUACCUCUCCUGGGACCAAUCCUCAAGCUACCAUAAUGAUGAUUGGUCGUUAUCUUGGGCUAAAGAUGAUAAGAGAACGACAGUCUAGAACUAGAAAUCUCGUGAAGUUAUUGAUUUCCAAUUAUUUAAAGUAAAUAUAAAACUAUAUAUUUUUAUGUUCCUAUACAAUAAUUAAGGUUAAUUAAGAUUUUUAUCUUUCGAACUUUAAUAAUGUAUAUAUCAAAUUAUACUUUUUAAAUUAUUAAAAAUUUAUUGUAAACUA